AUGGAGAGCUCUAACAGAUCCAAAUCAUUCUUUCACGACAUGAGAUCAAGAGAGCUCGAUGGUUCUAGAAAACGGCGGUUUAUUAGCCAAUUGGGAUCCGAUUUCACAGAAAUCGGAGCGGUGGCGGUCGAACAUAACGGCGAGCAAACGCCACCACUGGCUGUUUCUUUUUGCAAAACGAGUAAAAAUUCACACAUAUUCGCAGUGUCGGAUGAGGAUGGGCAUGUGAGCUUGUUUGACACUCGUAGGAAAUUCCCUUCUUUUGCUUCUCACACAGAAAUUGCAGGGAAAGAAAGAAUCAGUGACUGGGUAGCUCACCAGAAUGCUAUCUUUGAUGUUUGUUGGAUUAAGGAAGAUACCAACAUACUCACAGCUUCAGGAGAUCAAACUAUAAAGGUAUGGGAUGCACAAGAGAAGAAAUGUACUGGAGUAUUGAUGGGGCACACAGGAAGUGUUAAAUCUCUGUCUCCACAUCCAACAAAUUCUGAUAUUCUUACUUCGGCUUCCAGAGAUGGGUCGUUUGCGAUUUGGGAUUUGAGAUGCAAGACCACUGCCAAAAGUAGAUGCAGUGAAGCACAUGUCACUUCAACUGCCAUGGUCCAAGGAGCUCAUCUUUCUUCUCGAGCAAAGCGGGUUAGGCGGGGAAAGGCUGCUUCGAUGAGCAUUACAUCAAUUCUUUAUCUUAAAGACGAGGUCUCCAUUGCUACUGCUGGAGCAGUGGACAGCACUGUCAAAUUCUGGGACAUUAGAAAUCUAAAGGCUCAGGUCACUCAGGCGUACCCUAAUAUGAAGUUAUCAACUGAGAAGGAAAGAAGAUUACAUGGCAUAUCAAGCCUGUCCCAGGAUUUAAAUGGCGUGUUUCUUACAGCUUCAUGCAUGGACAAUAGAAUAUACUUGUAUAACGUACUUCAGCUUGAUAAGGGUCCGGUGCAGUCAUUUUCUGAAUGUCGGAUAGAAUCAUUCUACGUCAAGUCAGCGAUCAGUCCUGAUGCAGCUCACAUACUCAGUGGAUCUAGUGAUGGAAACGCCUACAUAUGGCAGGUGAACAAGCCCGAUGUGGAUCCCAUCAAAUUGAUAGCUCAUAAUGGAGAAGUUACAGCAGUAGAUUGGUGUCCAUCUGAGGUUGGGAAGAUAGCAACUUCUUCAGAUGAUUAUACAGUUCGCAUCUGGAACAUUCAGAGCAUUUUUUGUUCAAGCACGACAAGAUCUUCAUCUGCCAUUCGAAGGAGGGUAAUGGCAAUCCCAAGAGAGGAAUGUAGAGAACUUCUGAUGAAUGAUGAACAUUUAACGAGUCCAACUAAGGUUCCUGACAAUCUGCUUCCUUCAGAUGAAGUAAUCCACCAAAAUAACUCACCCAGUCCUAUCACAAUGCCUACAAUUAGGACUCCUGAAGCCCAUAAAAAAAAGUUUUCACCAGAUUCUGAUUCAAAAGAAUCUUUUGAGAAAACCCCUGAAGCAGCAAUGAAGAGCCCCUCUUCUGUAUUGAACCCUCCCUCUUCUUUGAAAAGAACCAUCAGAGAUUACUUUCUAGCAGCUUAG